GUGGGAACAGUUCCUAAAAAAGUUGCUUUCAGUUUUGCUUUCAGAAAGCUUUUCUCCAAGGUUUUAGGCUCCAGGGGCACAGAAUCUACUCAAAACUCUCCUUGAUGGCAGGCUACCUAACAACUGCCUUCAACCACGUUGAUUUCAGGCGGGACUUUAUUAGGGGUCCGGACUUCUUUGGUGUUUUCAGCAUGAAAGGGACGAGGCUGAAGGUGGAAAUGCAGAUGGUUAAUCACCCGGGCCCAAGAAGUCCAGAGAGGAGGCAGGGAAGAGGAUGAGGCUGGAGGCUCCAACUUUACCCUUUGCUUUGGGUCCACCUUAUCCAGGCACUCACUCCCUUUGCUAUGACUUCACCAUCAAUUCUAAGGCAGCACCUGGACAGCAAUGGUGUACAGUCCAAGCCCAGGUGGACCAGAAGAAUUUUCUCUCCUUUGACUGUGGCAUGGACAAGGUCAAAUCCUUGAGUGCCCUGGAAGGGAAAGUGAAUGCCACAAUCAACUGGGAAGAGCAGAAAACCUUACUGAGAGAUAUUGGGAAUACGCUAAAACAGAAACUGGCUGACAUUAAAGCAGAAAAUGACAUGGCCAGAGGGGCAGGUCUGAACACCCUGGAGGGCAGGAUGUGUUGUCAGCAUAAAUCCAACAGCUCUUGGCAGUUUGGCUUCAAUGGACGGAUGUGGCUCCUUUUUGACUCAGACAACAGAAGGUGGAGAGAGAUACGUCCUGGGUCCAGCUGGAUGAAAAAAAUGUGGGAAAAUGACAAGGAGGUGACCGAUUUGUUACAUAGGUCCUCGAUAGGUGACUGUAGAACCUGGAUUCAGAACUUGAAGGAAUGGGAGGCAGAGUUGGAGCCAACAGGACCUUCAACCACCACCCCAGACACAGUCAUUGAGAAGUCCUCAGCCAGUACCUUUAAUCACUGGAAUUCAGUACCUUUAAUCACUAGAAUCCUCAUCAUAGGAUGCAUCAUAAUUUUUUUCUGACAGGUGCUCCCAAGAAGCUUCUGAAAUGUGAUUUAAAUAACUGGCCUUACCGGUUAAAUAACUGGCCUUACUGGUCUUCUGCCAGUCUACUCCCUGCUAUUCCUCCAUAGAGCAGAUGAAGAUUGAAGUACAAAUCCAGAGGCCUGCAGCAAAUCAUCACAUAUUCUAACUUAGCCUACAGCUCUCCUGUUCAUAUCCAGCAUGGGUGAGGUACCCAUGGGAGGGAUGGGCUGGCUGUGAAAUAAAAACUGUGAAGGUAAUCUAUCAAGAAAUAAAGACAAAAUGGCAAGAAUCAUGUAUUUUCAAAGCAGGGCAUGACCUGUUGAGCCGAUCAUAGGGGCCUGACUUCUAACAAAGAAAAAGCCUGCACUUGCUUUAUUUAUAGCGGUACAGAUUGAAGUUAGUUUUACAACUUGUUUGUCCUAUAGUUAAUAGCCUUAUUAUCUCAAAUUAACUUAGGUAUUUAUAUUAGAAGUGGUACUUGUGUAAGACAUUGACAAACAGUAGUUGUAAGGUUAAGGAAAACAUAUUAUAAAAUUGACGAGUAAAAACAUUUAAUUUUUAUAAUUGCUAUGAAUUAAGGAAAAUAAUUUUCUAUAAUUAUAAAUCUUCAUUUAGUUAUAUAUAGUAUUUUUUGUUUUAGGAAAUGUUAAUUUGUAUAACAAAAAUUUAUCUUAAAAUAGGUGGCCUCUACAAAGGAUGCAGGAGAUUUAAACAGACUUUUAAAAAUAAGAAGUACAUAUGUUGAGUGAGCACAGAAAAAAAAAAUCUUCCACUUAUUAAUAAUUUAAAAAUGAAGUAAAAGAAUGAGUGGCUUUUUACCUUCCAAAUUAGGAAAAAUUUUCAAUAUGAUGAGUAUUGAUCCAAGUAUGGGGAAUUUGUACUUUCAAAUAUUGCUGGGUAGAAUGUCAAUUGGUAAUAUCUUUUCAGGUAAUGAUUUAAUAAGUAAUUCAAAACUCUUUUAGAAUUUUAUAUGCCAUUGAUCUAGCAAUCACAUUUUAAAGAAAGUACGCUAAAAUAAUUUUUGUGUAGAAAGGUAUCAGGUGUAUGAACAUUCUUAAUAAUUCUGUUUUUAAGGUAACAAAAAUAAUUUAAAUGUCCAAUAUUUGGAUAAUGAACUAUAUGAUUUUUAAAAACUGGCAUUAAAAAUAAUAUUGUAAAAUAUUAAUUAUGUGCAAUUUAAAAUUAUAAGUUUUAAAAAUAAUAUUAAUAUGAUUCUCUGUUCAUAAAAUAUGUAUAUCUAUAAGGAUAUGCAUAGAAAACUAUUUAGAAGGUUAUGUACUAAAUGUUAAUAGUAGUUAUCUAUGGAUAGUAGAAUUUUAAAAGAGUUUUGUUGUUGUUGUCUUAUGUAUCCUCCUUAAUUUUUUAAAAAUGGGCCUCUUGACAGUACUUAUGUAAGGUUUAAUUUUGAAUAAUCUUAGUUUUUUAUUUGAAUAUUAUUUUAUAAAAAUUUUAUAUAUACUUAUUUGGAUCAAUAUAAAUUAGUUAACAUAAUUUAAUAUUAUAUCUGAAACAUGAAACAGACAAGUUAAGCGAGCUUUUAAAACCCUCUUGAAGGAAAAUCUCAAAACGUUUAUAUAGGGACUGGGGAUAUAGCUCUGUUGGUAAAAUGCUUGCCUUGCACAAGGCCCUGCUUCAAUCCCUAGCACCACAAAAAAAAAAAAAAAAAAAUUAUAUACUUCAUAUUGUUAACUUAUAAAUAAGCUAGUGUGUCUUAAUUGUCUUUUGGAAAUAUAGUUUACUUCUCAGUGUAGAGAGUAACGUAAAAUUUUAUACCGUAUUUAUUUAAUUAUAAAAUAUUAAAUGACACCAUUAAUUUCUAAUUAACUUGUUAUUAUUUUAUAGUUUAAGAGCUAUUGUUGUAGAAACUUUUGUUUGAAUAACAUCAGCUUAGUAAAAUGUUCUUUUAAAUCUUGUACUUUAAUGACAUGUAUAUUUGGGAAAUGAAGAUACAAUUAAUAUGUUAUUAAUAAUUAUCAUAAUUACAUUGAUUUUUUAUAUUAACCAAGUUUAGCUUUUAAAGAAAAAUUUGAAAUAUGGAAUGUAAUGUGGUACUUUAAAAUAACAGUUAUUGUUUAAACAAAAUUUUAUAUACCUUAAAUCCUUUAAAACUAGUAUUUUUUUAAAAUAAUAAAACUCAACAGACAUAAAAAAAUUAUUUUAUUGGAAUGAGAGUAGAUUAAUGUUUUCAGUAUUUCUUAUUUCUUUUAUCUUUUAGUUACAAUGCCCAAAUAAUAAAGGUCUGUGAAAAGAUCUUAUCUAUAUUGGUAAACAGGCCUCAUGUCAGAAACUUAGCAGGAUUUAAAGAAUAUAAAUAUUUCAAUAACCUCAGCUGAUUGUGUUAAUUUCAUGUAACCAAUUUAGUUAUAUGUAAACAUUUUGAAAAUUAUUUUGUACAAAUUUUGUUUUAAUUUACUUAGACUUUAUAGCCUUUCACUUUACUGGGUGAAAUUUUUCUUAAACCUUUCUAUAUAAAUCACACCUGAUAGAAGUUUAACUCCCAGCCCCUUGGUUCUCAUGAGGACAUAGAAAACAAAGGAAUUUUAGAUCUUUUUUUAUAUUAACCAAAUUACAAACACAUCUAAUGUUUACGUAUAUUUUAGUUAAUAGGGUCUGAUGUUUUUAUAUUUAGUAGAUGAUAUUUUAGCACCCAAUGGAUGACAUUCUAACACUCUAACCUUGCAAAUCAAUAAGUACCUCUUUUAAUAAAGACAUAUAAUUACUCCCCUUUACCUUAAAUGUAUUUAUUCUUAACUAUAAGAUCCAAGACAUCAAACAAAUGUAGAUAACAGUAUUAAUUAUCUUUUUCCUGCUAAGGAAAAUUGUUAGAAGCAAAUAGAUAUAAAUUUUAAAUAUCAUAGGGAUUAACAACUUUAUUAUUAUUAUUAUUUUAAUAUCUGUAUUUUAUUUAUUUAUUUUUAUGUGGUGCUGAGGAUUGAACCCAGCGCCUCGAAUGUGCUAGGGGAGCAUUCUAUCACUGAACCCCAGCCCCAGCCCCACAAGUUAAUUAUUUAACCAGCUGGAAAAUUUUGAUUUAAUAAUUUUAAAGAUAUCUUUAUUUAUAACUCUCUACCCUAUUUCAAUUGAAACUUUUUAAAUCAAGUGAAUUAAAGCUAUUUGGGUCCAUUUUUAUGUUAAUUUUAAAUUAUGAUCAUGCUUAUUUAUUUAUAAGUCAAUUUUAAUAUCAUGUAAUGUAGACAUAAUAUAAGCAUUAUGUACACACAUUUACAAAUCAGACAAAUAAAAGAAUUUUUAUAACUUUCUGUAAGUGGAGCUCCAAAGGUUGUAUGGAGUGGUACAAAUACUUAUCAAAGCUUUUAUUUGAUUUAACCUGUUUCGGAAUUAUGUUAGAACCAAUAAAACAUUUAUAUGAUUUAAUUACAAGGCAGGCCUGCUUUGAUGGAUAAGCCACAUUGAAAUCUGACAAUUAUGAGAACACUUAAAUAAAUUAUUUCAGAUUGCCAGCUUCUUGUCCUAAUAAUUGUCAGACCUACUCUUAGCAUCAUCCCUAACAAACAAAAAAUAAUCCAUUAAAAAGCAUAAUUAGAAUGUUCUUUAUUAACUUUGGAAUUUUUCUCAUUUAACUUUGGCUAUCGACAGUUUAGUUGUUGAGAAUGAGAGGGUUCCUAUCGUGAACGCUAUUGAUAAAGCAAUGAAUUGUAGCUUGUUAGCUUUAAAGGGAUUCAGGUUUUGAGUAGAAGAUCACCAUAGUGUAGUCCUUACCAUGCCCGUCUCACAAGGUUGAAGGUCACCAAAAGCUAUGAAAGUAAUAUAUCAAGAAGUAAAGUCAAAAAGGCAAGGGUUAUAUAUUUUCAAAGGUAGGUGUGACCCAUUGAGCUGAUCAGAGGGGUCUGACUUCUAACAAAGAAUAGGCCCAUGCUUGUCUUAUUUAUCGUGGUACAGAUCAAGGGGGUCAGUAGAUAGUUUUCAAUGUGGUAGGAGGCUUGUUUCGGUGCUUGUUUCUUGGUGUUGCAGGGAUCUUGAAGGAAAUAGGUUGUUUGGUCCUAAAGCUGUGAGCCAAGACAAGGGCCAGCAUGAUCUGGGCUUUCUUGAACUGGGUAAUUUCACCCAGGAGUUCCCAGAAAAGUGGCUUCUGUGCCUUAAUGGCUCAAACAAACCCCUAAUUUAUAUAUGGUUCUUUUGCUUAUUCACAUCUAGUCAGGAUUUAGAAGACACUCAGGUAUUUCACUUUUAGGGACACAAUGGGCCUAUACCCUCUUUUGCAAGAGGUGGACUAUUCUGAUAGCUGCUUUCACUCUCCUGUCCACUGCAGCAGCCACACCCACCUUUUCUUUGCCACCCAUUGAUUCCUGCUACCCCAGGAUAUGAUGACCCUCAUGAAGAUCCUGUAACUUCAACUUUGAGCUUUUUUUUUUUUAAGACAUUUAUUCAGCGUCAUGAUCAGACUAUUACAUUUAGCAAUCAACAGCAUGGGUGCCAAAAACAAAGUAGAUUAAUACCCUUUGUGGAAUGCUUUGAACUUUUCACAGAACAGAAACUAAAAAUAACCUGUUAUACAAUUAGUCGCAAGUAUAGCCCUUGAGUUUUUUGCCCAUACAUAUGAGUAUUGUCUAAACCAUGUCUUCUUUGUAGCAGCUAGGCCCUGCCAACACUGCUUGGCUGAGUUCACAAAUCUAUUGUAACCUUUAGCUUCCCUGUCACUUCUCUGGCUCUUCUCUCCUGCUAAGCUUUGUUUCCUGGCAGUAUUAAAACCUUCUGCCACUGCCAUAACUACUGCUGCUGCUGGAACUGCCAUUACCAUCAUGGUUUCAUGGUUUGGCAAAUAUUGGCCUCCACCACCAUAAGGUCCAGAGCUUCUGCCUCCAAAGUUUCCACCCUUCAUGGGUCCAAAUUUUGAUGACUGAUUGUUUUAACUCCCAGAAUCAUUGUAGCUUCCACCACCUCCAAAAUUGCUUCCAUCAUUACCAAAUCCAUUGUAGCCAUCCCCACUGCCACCAUAUCCACCACCAUCAUGGCUGCCACUGCCGCAGUCCAGCUGCAGCAAACUAACCGGGGGGUGACGAGCAACUUGUAUAGAUCGAUACAGCAGGAGUGGGAGCCGUUUAUUGUAGGACAACAGAGGUAUUUAUACAUUCCACACAGCUUAUCUAAUUAACAUAAUCUAGAUAUAGCAGUCAACCAAUAAGGAAUCUCCACACUUAAUGGCUCGCUGGCGUUACUUCACCACUCCCUCUGGCAAAAUGCCAGGCGCCAUCCAGACUUGUUUACAGACUCUAACAUUUGCCAGGUGCCAUCCUGACUUGUUUACAGACUCUAACAUGCCACCAAAGCCACCAUUACCACUGAAGUUCCCUCCAUGACCAAAAUUGUCAUUUCCACCAAAACCACCUCCACGAUCACCACCAGUUUCCAGAACCACUUCGACCUCUUUGGCUAGAUGAGGCACUAGCCAUCUCUUGCUUUGACAGGGCUCUCCUCACUUCACAGUUGUGGCCAUUCACAGUAUGGUAUUUCUGAAUGACAAUCUUAUCCACAGAGUCAUGGUCAUCAAAAGUUACAAAAGCAAAGCCCUCUUUUUUUCCACUGCCUUGGUCAGUCAUGAUUUCAAUAACUUAAAUUUUCCCAUACUGUUCAAAAUAAUCUCGUAGGUGAUGUUCUUCGGUGACUUCUUUAAUGCCACCAACAAAGAUCUUUUUCACAGCUCGGUGGGCCCCCGGUCUUUGAGAAUCUUCUCUUGAGACAGCUCUCUUUGGUUCCACAACUCUUUUAUCUACUUGUGUGGUCUUGCAUUCAUGGCUGCAUCCACUUCCUCCACAGUGGCACAAGUGACAAACCCAAAGCCUCUGGAGCGCUUGGUGUUUGGGUGUCUCACAAUCACACAGUCCAUGAGUGCUCCCCAUUGCUCAAAAUGGCUUCUCAGACUUUCAUCAGUUGUUUCAGAGCUCAGCCCUCCAAUGAAUAGCUUCCACAGCUGUUCGGGCUCUUUAGGGGACACUGAUUUAGACAUGAUGGCAGCAGGAAGAGAGACUUUAACAAUGCUUUCUCUGCGGCAUCCACGGGCAGAAAAGCCAACUUUGAGCUUUUUAUUGUGUUUUGUGAUAGUUCAAUUCUGCACCUUUCGUUAACGUGAUAAGCCAUGUCCUUCGCUAACCUGUGGAAAUGUACACUUAGCCUCUGGCUAUUGGAACAAGAAAUCUCAACAGUUUCCAUCUUGGUUUGUGUAACCAAAUAUUUCUCCGCACCUUGAGUUGACCUUUGUUAUCGUUUAGAACUGGGGUGUCCCCCAAAGAUCCAUGUAUUGACUAUGGUGCUAUUGAGAAGUGAGGAAAACCUUAUGAGGACAGGAGCUGGGUCACUCUCUGAAGGGCUCUUUGUGUCCCAGGCCCCUUCGUCCCUCUCUUUCCUCUCUUCUCUCUCUCUCCCUCCCUGUCUCAACUUUCAAAAAGAAUUAAUUAUUUAUCAUUGCUACCAUAAAGGGAGCACUCUCUUCUGCCACAGAUCCUACUGCCAGGAUAUUCUGCCUUACCUCAGACCCUAAAGCAAUGCAGUCGACCAAACUUGGACUAAAAAUUCUGAAACAGUGAGCCAGAAAUUAAUCUUUCCUCCUUUAGUUUACUGUCUUCAGUAGUUUCCUCACAGUGAUGGAAAGCUAACAACCUUGAUGGUGCAAGCAAUAUUGUUUGUAAAAUACCAUGGCAGACUUCAUUUUUAACUUCAGGGACUCUCUUUAUAUGUUUUGUUGUACUUAAAUAAACAUCUCUGUUUUUUAAACAA